AUUACGGGCUAUUAAGAAUGUGAUAUUAUAUUUGUUUGGCGAUGUUAAGAAGAAAUGUGAAUUUGUGGAUGAAAUUGCGGAAAGCAUUAAAUAGUUAUAAUUUUGUAUAUAAUCUGUAAACGGCAAUUGUUAGCGGCCUCCUGGUAGUCCGAAGAAGAUGGAGGAUAGUAAGAGAGACACGAUCAUGAUCACAAACGAUGAUGGAAUCGACGCUCCUGGCCUUAGAGCUCUCGUUAACGUUCUCCUCGCUACCAAUCUUUACGAUCUUCAAGUCUGCGCCCCUGAUACUGAGAAAUCAGCUGUUAGUCACAGUAUUACAUGGCUUCACCCAAUUGCUGCUAAGAAAGUUCACAUUGAUGGAACCACAGCCUAUGCAGUUUCUGGGACUCCAGCUGAUUGCACUUCUCUUGGAAUUUCCAAAGCACUCUUUGCUACAGUAGCUGAUCUGGUAGUAAGUGGCAUAAACAUGGGUAACAACUGCGGUUACAACAUUGUUUACUCAGGCACGGUUGCUGGAGCUCGAGAGGCAUUCUUCAAUGAUAUACCUUCUAUAUCCAUUUCAUACGACUGGGUUAAAGGAACGAGUAAUCUACAUGACUUCACCCUUGCCGCACAAGCAUGCAUACCUAUCAUAAAUGCUUUGAUGGUUGAUAUAAAGAACCAAAGAUACCCUAAAAAGUGCUUUUUGAAUAUCGAUGUACCAAUCAAUGUUGCUAAUCAUAAGGGUUACAGGCUUACUAAGCAGGGUAAAAGUAUAAUCAAGAUGGGAUGGAAGCAAGUCACCUCCGAGGCAGAAGGACGAAAAAUGUUAUCCGAUAUGACCAAUACAGACACAGCAGCACCUACAGAUUUUAACAUGUCAUCUACACCUGGAAGUCUUUUAUUUGCAAGAGAAGUAAAAGGUGUCCAACUUGAUCAUGAUGAUACUAUUACUGAUCACAAAUCUUUGCAGGAAGGAUAUAUUACUGUCACUCCUCUUGCUGCUAUCUCUCAGGAGGAGGUAGAUUGUCAAAACUAUUUUAAGGAUUGGCUACAAAGUGUCUCAGAAUCUCCCUCUUCGUCGGCUCUAUAAUUCUGAGUUUUAAGAAGGGGGUAUUCAUAUGUUGCAUUGAGAGUUGACACUACAUAGCUUCAAAUUAGCAAUAAAACAUAGGUGGUACAAGAAUGCCAAAAUACAACACUUCGGCUAAGAAUUACUUACAUGAAGAGAUGAGAGAGUGAACAGUUUUAAAGAGACAAUUUUUUUUAGUGAGAUGCUACAUUUUUAUUGGACAGAAAGAAAAAAGUUAUUAAAAGGAAUAUUAAAAUUAUUCAAUUAUCAUCCUUUCUUAAUUA